AAAAAUUGACAUUUGCAACGCACGUGCGUGUUUGAAAAACCACAUUUUUUCAAAAAAAGCAUUGCUGAAACUAGUUUCCAGCAUUAAAAUUUUAUUUUAAGUUAUAUUAAUAGAAAAAAAAACUAAAACAAAAUCGCCAUGUCAUCAUCAGAAAAUGAAGAUAUUGAAAUGAAUCAAGAAGAAUCCUCCGACGAGGGCGAGGAAACCAUGAGCCAAAAUGGUGCUGAUUCUGGUGACGACGAAGAACUCGAUGUUAAUGCAAGUGCCACCGAAUCCGAUGACGAUAGUGAUGAAGUUGAUGACGAUAAAGAUAUUCCAGCUGAAAAGCUAUCCAAAAAAGCUAAACUAUCUCGUGGCGUUGUCACCAAAAUCACCGAAGCCAUUAAAUCGCGAAAUGCUAAACGUGUUAACAAACAACUUUACAUCCGUUUCCCUGAAAAGCUACCAGAAAAAUUCGAAGAUUGCGAAGCAAUGGUUAAAGCACUAUCUCCUCUUGUAACUAAAGUCCACAAACCACGACAAAAGCAUGCUCGUUUUUGUUUAAUUGAUUUCGAAUCGACUGAAAAUCGUGACGUUGCUUUGAAAGAAUUAAGUAAAAAUGACAAAAAGAUUGUUGUUUCUUUACCCAAAACUGAUAAUCAAGAUUUUAUUAAUAAAUUAAUUGAAAAAAAGAUCAAAAACAGCGAAAUGAAAUUGGCCAAGAAUUUGUUGCGGAAACAGAAUUUGAAAAUUGGCAAUUUACCAAGGGAAUACACAUCGACUAUUGUCAUUUUGAAUCUGCCAAAGACUGUUUCGGUUUCAAGGAUCAAGGAAUUAUUCCCUGAUUCUGUUGACAUUCAGAUUAACCCGGCAAAGAAGAAGUUUAAGGAUCAAAUGGUUGCCAGCAUCACUUUGCCAUCGACUGUGGAUGCUAAGAAUAAUGUCGCGAGGAAAUUGGAAUUGGAUGGCACAAAAUUGAUGAUUCGAUUUGCUAGAACUGGGCCGGCAAAGGAAGGAGCUGUUAAAGCACCUAAACCAGAAGGCAAACCAGAAAAGCCUGUAGGCAAACCACCAAAGUCCGCAGGCAAGCCGAAAAAGGCGGCGAAUGGUGUCAAAGCACCAGCCUCUGAAAAAAAGAUUAAAGCUGAAGUUGCGCCAUCACCCAAGAAAGCUAAACCGGCGCCAAAGAAGAAGCCCGCUAAAGAAAAUGGUAGCGAUGAUGCACCCAAACCGAAAGCAAAGAAACCCUUCCCCCCACACAAACCACAACCAGCUCCUGCUGCGAGUAAAAAGCCAGCUGGUAAGCCCGCUGGUAAGCCGAAGCCAAACAACAAACAAAAGAAGGGAAAGGCUGCAAAAUAGAUUUUUUUUUUAGAUUUUAAAAAAUUAUUGAAUUUUAUGUUAAAACACAAGAACAUAGAUUUUUAAGACUAUUUUUUUUUUUCAUAUAACAAAUAAUUAUAUAAAUAUGUUUACAUGAUUUUAUGUGGAAAGUCACAUAUAACAAUAAAAAAAAAACUGUAAGCAGGGUAUUCUGCUGGAC